AUGCUGAAUGGCCAUCAAACGCCUGGCGUGUCGGGUCACCCAGCAUCACCAAGCGAACGAUCAUUUCUUUUUGUUUGUCAACAAAGGAAUCUUUGCAUUGCAGGUGCUCUAAGCCUUCCCAAGUUUGCGUCGAUCCAACCCGAAAUCGAAAUAAAGGAGGAAGAAAUAGCCGACUGUGAUGAGGAGAAGCCGUCAACAUCAAAAGAAGAUGGUAUAAAAGAAGAGGUCUCAGACGAGAAAAGCGAUUCUGGAUCAGCGGGCUCGAGUGUUAUUUUGCUAGAAAAUGGAGAAUGUGAUACAACAAAACAAAAAACGGGUGAUGAAAAUAAGGAGAACGGUGCGACAAUCUCAUCGGAUAGUUCACAAGUGUCCAAAGAAGAGUCAGUGGAGGAGGUGAGCUUUUCUUGA